GACUUUUGACUUUGCUCUCCUCUAUCCGCCAUCUUCCACCCCCAUCCACCAUGCCCGAAGGAACCUACAAGAUCCAUGUGCCCGCGACGUCGGCCAACAUCGGUCCGGGCUUUGACGUGUGCGGCAUCGCGCUGGGCCUAUCGCUCGACCUGAUCGUCACCGUCCCCGCGCAGUCGAACGCGGACUCUCUCGAGCGCGACCCCGUGAUCACCUACACGGGCCUGGACAGCGCCAACGUCCCCCUCUCGCCGUACAAGAACCUGCUGACGCGCGUUGCGCUGUACGUGCUGCGCUCGCACGGCAAAGAGUUCCCCCGCGGCGUCUCGGUUGCGGCGCACAACGAGAUUCCCUUCGGCCGGGGCCUCGGCUCGUCCGGCGCCGCCGUCAUCGCCGGUGUCCUCCUCGGCGACUUGCUCGGCGACCUCGGCCUCGACACAGAGCGCCUCCUCGACUUUGCGCUCAUGGUCGAGCGGCACCCGGACAACGUGACGGCCGCGCUCGUCGGCGGCUUCGUCGGCAGCUACCUCAAAGAGCUGGCGCCCAAGGACCUCGAGGCCGCAAGCGUGCCGCUCGCCGAGGUGCUGCCCGAGUUCCCGCCCGACGCCGGGCCGGACUGGGGCAAGGAGCCGCCCGUCGCCCCUAAUGGUAUCGGGCACUACGUGCGCUUCGGCUGGGCCAGGGAGAUCAAGGCGAUCGCCGUCAUGCCUCGCUUCGAGCUCGCGACCGCCAAGGCGCGUGGCGUGCUGCCCAACGAAUACAGCCGGAAGGAUGUGAUCUUCAACCUCCAGCGCCUGGCCGUCCUCACCACCGCGCUCGCGCGCUCCCCGCCCGACCCGGAGCUCAUCUACGAAGCGAUGAAGGACCGCCUGCACCAGCCGUACCGUGUGCCGCUUAUCCCCGGCCUCGACAAGAUCAUCUCGCUCAGCCCCCAGUCCAACCCCGGGCUGUGCGGCAUCUGCCUGUCCGGCGCAGGGCCGACGAUCCUCGCGCUCGCGACGGAGAACCACGAGGGCAUCGCGCGCGACAUCGAGCGGAUAUUCGCCGAGCACAACGUCGAGUGCGAUUUCAAGGUGCUCGAGAUUGACACCAAGGGGUCUUGGGUGGAGAAGCAGGCGUGAGUGGCGCGGGGAGG